UAACAUGGCAGCCUUCAUGGUGUCGUCAAUCUUUUUUAUCUUGCUUGUGUUAUUGCCUGCCAAUGUCAUAUCCAGUUCACAUAUAUCAAAUCUGAGAAAGUGUUCUGAUGAAGACUGUGAAGACAUCAUUUCAUAUGCCCAGGCUGUUGUAAAGCAUUCAAAGAAUGAUCCUAUCUUUCUGUCCUUUGAAGUAGGAGAAAAAAUUAAAGUAAAGAGUAAGGAGGCUGGGCUACGGCUCGACCUGUGGGGAGGUGAGACAUUUGAUGGAAGAACAGGCUAUUUUCCUAAAGUGUACGUGCGAGAGUAUGACGUGGAGGAUGAGGAACCAGAAUUCGUUGUUGCAACACAGAAAAAUGACAUUGCCUCAAAACUUGCCAAAAUUUCUGAGGAACGCCGAGAUGAGACUGAUCUGGAUGACACUGACGAUACAGAUAUUGAUACUGUCAAUGAAGACCGUGCCAAGAAUAAUGUGAAAAAUACAGAAAACAUCCAGAUUGAAGAGCCACUGGCAAAACCAGUUGACGAAACUGAAAUACCCGAUGAUACUGAGGUAGCUGAAUCGGCUGACAAGGAUCACAUUGUAGAUGCUCAACCAGGCAGUCAGUCGGAGCCUCAACAGGCUAGACAGGACAAACCAGAAGUGAAAGACCACCAGUCUGUUCCCAGGACAGGAGACGCAGAAAAACAAGACUACCAGUCAAAGCCUGUCGAAGGAGAACCAGACAAAACAGACUCCACUUUAAAACAUACGACUGAAGUAGUAGAUGAAACUGAAGUGGACUAUAACAAUGAGGUUAAUGAGGAAAAAACAACUGUAAAAGAAAGUGAUGUAAAGGAAGAUGACACUGAAAUGCCUGAUGAUACAGAACCUAAAGAAAAAGAUUUAAACCAGUUCUUGAGCAGUAAGUUUGGAAGUGAGAAAGAGGAUGAAACCAGUACGAAAGAAAAAGGCACAGAACAGAAGCAGCCAUCACAGGAACCUGAAGAUAUUCAGAAGGAAGCAAAGCAGGAGCAUGCAGAUAUUCAUGACCACCCUUCAGGAUCUAUUCCAGAUCAUAAGGAUCAUGCCCAAAGUGUAGAAGCAUCUGCAGGUGAAGGUGUUAAGAAGCAGGAUGAUGUUUUACAUUUUGACCCACAAAGAGAGCAGAAACAAGAGUCUGAACAAGCUGCUUCAGUAGAUUCAAAGUCGAAGGAGUCAAUUCCAGGACACGAUCCUGACAGGGUUCCUGUUGAACAGAUUAUAAAGGAGUAUGAAGAAGCACAACGCAUUAUUAAUGACAAACAGUCAUCAACAGACUCUAAAGAACAACUUGAGAGUUUAGCAGAAAAACCGGCAUCACCUAAUGACCAACGGACACCACCACCACCACCACAAGAUGGUUCGGUACAUGAACAAGCAAAAUUACCUUCUCCUCCAGUUCAGAAAGAACAGCUUGCUCCUCCAGUAAAUAUACCACCUCGAGACAUGUCCACACAGGACAAAACUCAAAAUGUAGAUAUUAUGCAGGAAAGCAUAGAUAACAUGCAGCAAAACAAACAUAUUCAUUCAGAUCAGUCACAAGAAAAACAAGCAGCAGAAAAAGAAAAUUUGGACCCAAACAGAUUAGGGAGUGUCAAACUUGGUGAACCAGAACUAUUAGAAAAGAAAUCUGAUGCUAAUAAAAAAGAAGAAACUAAACUCCAGCUGGAGUCACCUGGAGAGAUUCCUCCACAAGAGGAUGGAAAACGUAUGGAGUCUUCUGAACAGAGUGAACCUCCAGCAGCUGAUGCAGCUAAACAUGAUAAGGAUAUUCCAGUGCAUGAAAAAAGUAGUUUUAAAGACCCUAGAGGUGACUUGAAUGACCAACUUGACUUGAGGUUUGACAGUAAAGUCAGACCUGAACACGAGCAAAUUAACACAAUGGAGGAUCAAGGUAACAAGGGUGAUGUUGUAGAAAUGAAACCGACUGAUGCAAAAAUCUCUCCUGACCAAGCAAUCAACAAAACUCCUCAGGAGCAAAUUCCUGAUACUCCCUUAGAACAAGAAGGGGUAAAAAUCAUUCCUUCACAAUCUGAGUAUGCUGAGUUGACUGCCAAACCUGUGGAUAUACAUUUUACUCCUUUAGCUGUAGAGAAAAUUGGCUUGGAUAGCAGUAUUGUCACCAAUGAAGGGUCUGUAUCAUCUGUGGAGACAACACCGAGUCUUGACCAGAAUCAGCCUUCACAAGAAUCUGUUCCUCAAGUUCCAACGGAUACAAGUCAAGAAAUCAUACGUGUUAGUGAAACUGUCAUUGAUGGUACCACCAUACCAAUCAAUGAUGAUGACUAUCAGGAAUGGGCAACUGCCAAUAAAGAUAAUCAGCUGAAUCCUUCUGAAACACAGAAUCUGUUUCAAACAUCUAAUAUUGUGGAGAGCACACCAAAGGUACCAGCAGACAACCUUCAUUUUGCUGGAUCAGCAGUAGACUCGGAACGGCUGGUUAAUACUUCUGGUGAAAAUCCAGAACAGCCAGAACUUUCAAUCCAACCUACAACCGAACCUGUGGUGGACAUGUACAAAAGUGAUGACUUCUUGAACCGAAAGCCUCUUUCUGUAGGGUCAGGUUCUCCCACUCAGCCACCAUUGUCUGACGCGGACAAGGAAAGACAGAAUCAAGCAGCAGAUUCUGUGCAACAUAGACAACAUCAGGAGCAGCAGCAAGUGAGAACACAAGAACCACAAAUGAAAAAUCAGCAAGAACAGCAGGUAAAGAAUAUGGCACAAGAAGCCCUACAGCAAUUGCACGAACACAAGCAACAAGUGCAUCAUCAGCAACAGUUUGCACAGCAUCAGCAGGAAAGGAUAGGGCAAGAACAAAGACUAAACAAAGAACAGCAGCAGAAGCAGGAAAGAAUGCAACAAGAACUCAAACUGCAGCGUGAAAGAAUGAGACAAGAAGAACUGAAAAAAGAACAAGAAAGAAUAAGACAGGAAGAACUGAAAAAACAACAAGAACGAGUGAGACAAGAAGAGCUGAAAAUAGAACAGGAAAAAAAGAGACAAGAAGAGCUGAAAAUAGAACAAGAGAGAAAGAGACAAGAAGAGCUGAAAAUAGAACAAGAGAGAAAGAGACAAGAAGAGCUGAAAAUAGAACAAGAGAGAAUGCAGCAAGAACAAAAAGAAAGAAUGAGACAAGAGGAUCUCAAAAUGGAACAAAAGCAAGAUGAAGUAAAGCAGCAAAAUCCCGAAAGUAAAGCGGAGGAAACGAAUCAGAAUGAACCAGACAUCAACAAGGUUCAAGAAGAAACUCUUCAGACAGAUACGGAACAAACAGCAGAUUCCAAGAUGGAAGCCAACCAUCAAGGUGACACAGUUGUGCCUGACAACAAAGAAUCUGAUUCUUCUUCGGAUGAAUCCACCACCACCAAUCCUUCCACAGUGAUCCCACCAUCAGAUGGUAACAUAGAAAUCCCCAUUCCACCACUUGAAACGACAUCCCCAGGACAGCAGGAACCCAUGACGGGUGGAACAGAUGGUCAGACUGAACCUGAUGCUGGUGGGCAGUCCGGCACGGCCGAUGCGUACGAGACGGAUGCGUUACUGACGAGGAAGAUCAACGAUGAGAACCUCAGUGAUGACCAGCCAGCUGCUGCUGGACACUUCAUGAAGACGGUGGAGGAAAACACUCGAGUGUUCAUCCAGCUUCUUCCACCAUCAAUUCAGUCACUUCUUGAACAGGAACCGCUUGGAUUGUCUCCCUACAUCAGCAUUCUGGUGACCAUGACAACAUUAAUUGUUAUGGUAACUGUUGCUAUUUGUAGCUGUAUUUGCCAGGGUGGAAGCAAGCCACCAAGCAAAAAAGACCCUCUAGUUGUUAUUCGGGAAAUAGAAGAGAAGUUGUUUGUUGUAACAAAGGAGAAAGAAAACCUGGAAGAUGCACUGCAGGACAGACAAAAAGAGAUGUCUCACAUGGAGAAAGAUUUACAGAAGCAGAAGUCGAAAUUAACCAGUGUGGAGGCAGACCUGCAGAACUACCAGCUUCACAAUGAGGCACUGAAGCAGCAGUUGAGUACAUCAGAUAACCAGGUGUUGGAGAUCAGGCAGCAGCUGGCAGACAAUAUGAACGAGAUCAAGACAAGUGAAAAAAAGAUGAAGGAUUUAUCAAAGCACUUAUCAAAACUGGAAGAGAAAUCUAAGAAGACUGAACAAGAGCUACAUAAAAAGACUACAAGUUUGAAUGAUACGAGGAAAGAGAUUUCAGAUCUGAAGUCCAAAGUACAUAGUUUGGGUGACCAGGUGAAAAUGUUGGAAACAAGCAAGGAACAGCUUUUAGCUGAAGCUGAGGAUUGGAAGGACAGGGUACACGAGAUGAAGGAGAGACUGGAAGGGAUGGAGUCCGAGUAUAAACAGAUGCAGGAGACUGUCGCCUUUAAAGAAAACGAACUUGAAGUAAUGAAAGACUGCUUUCUACAGUUGAAGGUAUUUGAACCCAAAGAUGGAGAAAACGAUGAAGAUUUUAUUAAAGAAAACCAAGCGAGUAUUGAAGAAAAGAUUCAAGCAAUGAUAGAUGUUUCCAAGGUUAAUGCAAGCUUGCGAGCUGCUGAAGAGGAAAAGAAUACACUGGAGAACAAACUUCAGAUUGAACUAGAGGCAAGAAAGGAAGUUGAAGAUCAGCUGGAGAAGUCUCGGCGAGACAUGGAGAUGAUGCAGACUGACAAGAUGAAGGCAGAGAGACAGAACCAGGAGGCCCAGACCAAGCUGAACGUCCUGUCCAACUACUUCAAGGAGAAGGAGAUGCAGAUGCAGAGAGAGCUUGGUGAACAAGAAGCACUGAAGAAACAAAAUAUCAACAAACUUGUGAGUGCGGACGAAUACACAAAGAUGAUAGAACAGGAAUUGGAACUGUAUAAAUCUCAGUCUGAAAGUUUGAAGAGGGAAGUAACGGCCUCAGAGAGAGACUUUAGAUCUCAGAUAGCAGCCAAUGAAAAGAAAGCACAUGAAAACUGGCUGACUGCUCGAGCUGCAGAAAGAGAGUUAAAGGAAUGUCGACAUGAACUCGGAGUGUUGAGACAGAAAUUGACAGACGUGGAGAGACGGCAGAUGGAAGGAAUGGGACCGGCUGGACUGAUUCGCCCAUUACCCACACGUGGAAUGCCACCCCUAGGAAUGAUGAAUGGUCCCCCUCCACCAGGCAUGGAUAUAGGCCCACUGCCACCAGGCAGGGACAUGGGCCCAUCUCCACCGGGAAUAGAUAUGGGACCCCCUCCACCAGGACGGGACAUGGGUCCACUUCCACCAGGCAGAGACAUGGGACCCCCUCCACCAGGACGGGACAUGGGUCCACUUCCACCAGGUAGAGACAUGGGACCGCUUCCACCAGGCAGGGAUAUGGGACCACUUCCACCCGGCAUGGAGAGGUCACCCUCGCGUCACAACAUGCCACCACUACCACCUAUGAGAGAUGGAGAAUUUCGAGGAUCUCCUCACCCCGAGAGAUUACCUCCACCACCCUUUGACCGAAGACCGCCCCCGCACCCCAUGGAUAGAAGAACACCUCCAUUCAGACCACCACCCCCAGACAUGAUGCCUCGCCCUCGUGGUCCACCCAUUCCCUUUGGUCCCAACGGACCAGGUUCUCCAAGAAUACCACUUCCAGCAAUGGACCCUCGGUUAGGUCCAAGACAUGUUUCCCCCAAUGUACAGAACCUUCCUCCAAGUCGAGAUAACCGACACCCCAGACAACACAGUCAAGUAUGAGAGCAUUCAAACACCACAUCUCACUCUCUGUGAUAUGUUUCAAGUCUUAACAGUGCACAUGUACUGUAUUUAAUCUGUACCCAGGUGGUGUGAUCUGUGCGUGAUGAAACAAAUUGGAAAACAGUAUUAUGCUAAUGCAACAGUCGUAAAUAAAAUAUUACAGGACUAAUUUAUUAACAGGUUUGAGUAGCUAACCUGCUGUAAACAACCUGUUCAUUAAGGGCACAAUGUAUUUAACAUUUGUAUAUAAAACCACCUGAUGUCGAGGUCCCUUUGGUGACAUUUACAGAAGUUUGACUCGCAGUAUAGUUCAUGUGAUAUUUUUUUAAUAUACAUAACCUGACCUCUGGAUUUCCCCCAACUAUGAGUUUUAUGAGUGAAAAAAUUAAACUUUAGAAACAAAAUAAAGACAGCAAUAGUAAGAUAAGUCAUGGAUAAACAAAAUCCACCACUUAAGACACAUCCAAACUCAACACUAAACACAAGAUGGUUUGGAUAAGUGAGAGCAAUGGAGGAGAUAUCCGGAGAAACAACAAUUAGCCUGGUGCUUGUAAAAUAUUUAAGAGGACUUUGAUUGGUUGUUGGGAUGUUCGGGCCAAUCUUUGGGACUGGUGGGGGGUGGAUGUCCGAGGUUACAUUUAAGUAUUCAUGAAAAGAAGAAACAAUUCAUCCUUUCUUUGUUUUUAUUAUUACAAAAGUAACCAUCUUCUUGGUAUUAUAUCUUUUUAUAUCCAAAGCAAAUUUUAUACCUCCGAAAUGUCAAGUAACUAAUUUAUACUCUACUUUUGCUAGGGAUAUUUGGAAAAAUGCAAGUCAAGUAAAGCAAAUGCAUUUAUUGUGUUUGAUGGAUGAGAUGUAUCUAAUUAUCUUUGAAUAGAGGCCAGCCUUAUAUUGAAGCCUGCCUAGUAUAAAGGCCUGUUUCUGUUACUUUAGUUUUGUCAGGUUAAGGGCCACGUUAUAGUGGUCACCAUCAAAAGCUUAUAACCACAUCGAAAGAACAAUAGGAAAGGAGGAGGAUUUUGCAUUACUCUGUGAGGUAAAAGUUUUCCACAUGUAAAACAUUUUGGAAGCUAACAAGGAUGUGUUCACAAUUUUGCAUGAAAAAAUGUACAUGGUUGCCCUGGAGAGUGUCGCAAAAAAACAACAUGAAGCCUAUGUUUCUGUUCAAUGAUUCACAGUAGUUUGUAUAUCCCAAGCAAAAGUUGAGUGGUAUAUUACAGGACUGGUAAUUGUUCAGCAUAUAAUUUGGGCAAGACCAAUACAGACUUAAUAUAUGUAUUAACGGCACUGUAUACAAGUACGGCACUGUAUACAAGUUUUUGACAUCACAUUUGAAGAACUUUAAAAUUUUAAUCUAUAUGGGUCAAAUUCACGAAACCUGUUUUUCUUAAACACUGAUGUUUAAGCUCUGUAAAUGUAUGUAGUUACAUGCAUAUAAAACAAAAAAGGUUUUGGAAAUUUGGCCCUAUAAGUAUUAACAAAAUCUACCAAAAUGAAAACUCAAGAAAUGGAAGUUGUUCUUUACUUUGCCCCUCAUUUCUUCAACAGCCUGUAACUUAUUGCUUUUAGGGUAAACUAUGGCAUUCUUUUUUACCUGUUUCACCAAAGUGAAAUUCUCUUACUGACCUAACUCCUCCUUUGAGGUGGCAUGGGUCUAAUGAGGUUGGAAAGAGAACAUUUGAGUAUUAGCAUAUAUACUUACUGCCUUUACACACAUGGCCAAUAGUGAAAAUCACAUUUCAAUUAAUGUUGUAUAUUGAUAGAUGUUUAUCAUGUGCCUAUUAAUAAAUGUGUAUUAUAUUUCUUAUUUAAAAUGCAUAUCAGCACAUCAGAACAUUGGUUAAAAGUAGAUAUUAUAUUUGUAAAUUUUGAAGAGGUUAAAUAUGUAAAUUUACCAAAAAUAUGCUGUAUAGUAAUUAACUCAAUUUGAUUUUAAGGUAUUUGCUAUUAUUAAACGUUUUUUGCAUUCUUGAAGACCUAUUACAGGAAACUGAAUAAAGUUGAUCUCUCAAGUUGUAAAAAGGAAUGUUUUUCAGUUGGAUGAAAUAUGCAAGGCACACAAAAACAAUUACAUGAAAAUGUACAUAUCUCACUUUUGUAUAGUGAUAUAGCUACAAUUCUCACUUUUGCAUAGUGAUAUAGCUAUAAAGAACUGGUUCUGUGUUUUGUAAAUGUUAUAUUACUGAUAGGUUUGUGUUAAUGAAUACAAUUUUAAUUUUCUCAUGUACCAGUCUGUCCAUGAAGUAUCCAAUUGCUACAUGUAUACUGACGUCCAAAAGAAACUAUACCAAGAAAAUGUUUUAAAAUUUCCUUUAUAAUUUGAAUAAUAGAAAUAAAAUAUCUUUCUGCUUUAAUGGAAUGAAAUUUUGUUUCUAUCAUGCCAAAACACCACUCUCAUGAAUAUAUAGGUUUUAAACAUCCAACAUAUUUUUGUUUUUCUUCUAUAGUCUCUCAGAGUAUUGGUAUAGUUUCUUUUGGACGUCGGUAUAUAUUGUUCACCUGUAUACUGGGACAGUUGCAAUACUUAACCAGUGUAUGUAUGUAUACCACAAUGUAUUCAUGUCAUAAAUGCCCAGUGGCAAAACUUUUAGACCCAUUCUGAAGAGUGCUAGUCAUUUCUGUGUAUGGAGUACAGAGAUGUAUUGUAGUUUUUACACUGUAUUGGUGCUCAUGCCAUCUAGUCAGGUGAAUGUUUGAUAACUGUGUAGUUUGUGUAUAAUUGUACCUCUUUGUACACUGUUGGCAUUUUUGGUUUGAGAAAUUGAAAAAAAAAAUGUGAUGGUUACUUUUAAUACUGAUAAAAUAUUUUAGAAAUGAUUACUAUUUUCCUUUGUUUCAAGGAAGGAAGGAAGGAAAUGUUUUAUUUAACAAUGCACUCAACACAUUUUAUUUACGGUUUUAUGGCGUCAAAUUAUUGUUUCAAGGUACAUGUGAAUUUUCCCCAUGUUUUGUUUUUCUUUGUUACAGUAUUCCUGAAUAAUAGUGAUUUUUCUUGCUUGAAAUAUUAACUUUUGCAUAUUUUUUUGUUUUGUUUUUGUAGUGGGGUGUUGUUGUUUUUUACAAACUUUUUAGGGUCUAAUGCCUAAGGUAGCUAAGAUCACCUAAGGUGAUCUUUGUGCUUAAGAUCACUUCAUAAAACGGGGCCCUGGUCUUUGACAGACUAAUGGUAGUGGGUGCUCACUGCUGUUUUCUAACUGGUAAACAUUUCAUAUGUAAUCGGAUGAAUGUUAUGAGUAGAUUAAUCCAUAUUUUUCCAUGAAUGGUGACUUUGGGAAAAUGCAGAAAUUAAACGUUUUAUCAGUCUUAGGAAAUAUGUAUCACCAAGGUGCUAAUAAAAAUAUUAAUUAAAACCUAUUUGUAGGAAAGUCUAUAUCAAUUAAUAUUUCAAGCAAAGAAAAAACAUCCUUCUAACUCAAAGAAAUAGCCUAUGUUAUAGUAGUGGAUUUUUCUUUUGUGAAUCACUUAAAAACUAGGCAUGUACAAGAUGUACUAAUCGUGGAUUAAUAGUAACUUUUCAAGCAGUGAAAUAACAUGCUGCACAUUAUAUGUCACUUCAUGAGAACAGGUUUUUAAUCAGUAAUAUGUAUUGUAAGUAGUGAACACAAUAUAUGUGUAUAUAUUACACAGACUUGCAUUUACUUGUGUAUAGCAAAAAUUACUUCAUUGCUAACUGAAGUAAAAUGUGUUGGAAGAAAUAUUUGUAAAAAUUGGAAAUAAAAAUGAAAAACUGGUCCCAAAAUUAUCUGUAUAUUUGUAAAUACAUGUGUAGUGUAUAUCCUGGUUGUGUGUUUUGAAUAUAAGAAUGCAUCAGUGUGUAUUGUAAACAUUCUGUUGUUUUAUUUAUUUCUUGGUGUUUGUUGUGUAAAUAUGUUUUUAUGGUGUAUAGGUGUGGUACACUUGUUGGAAGCUGUUUCAUUUCAUUCCAGUCAUGCAUAGUGUUUUAAUGUAAAUAUAUUAUCUUUUUCUA